AUUCCGUCGCCGACCGCCGGCCGCGACGCACGCCGCCGCCGCCAUGAUCGAUUACGCGCGCCCCUACGAGCAGAACAUGUGCGACCUUUACCUCGCCCCCACCCCGCCCGCGCAGGCCCGCCUCGACGACUUCCAAGUCUUUAAGAAGGGUACCGCGUACAUCUACGGAAACUAUUAUUCCAACUCAUACGACGCCUACCAGGAACCGGAGCUGGACACCGCCGUCUACCACAACCUCGUCAAUUCCAGGGAGUACCGUCGGGAAGACUGGAAAUACAAAGUCGUCGCCGACUGGAACGAGGACGACACCGUCUCUUGGCUCAUCGAAACCGCCCAAUGCUUAGGAUUCAGUGAAUACGAUGUCCCGUUUUACAAUUUCAAAGUUCACGGUUUGGAUUUGAAACUCAUGAAGCGCGAAGAAGUGUUACAGAGGAUGAUCACGCCGAACGUCGAUCCGAUGUUGAGUAGGAGACUUGCCGACGCCGUUUUUGAGAAGUUGCAGAAUCGACUCAGUGAAGAAAUGUACAGGGAUAGAGAGUCGUCGGUGUUCAGAUAUGUGGAGAGUGAUCCUUAUCAACAUUCAGAUGCAGUGCAGACAGUGUUAGAUUUAGACUCGCUGGAACACAAGAACAGACUGUACACGUCGGACUACAGGCCAAACGAUAGCAGCCUACUGCAGGGCGCCUGCGACUCUAGUGAUGACGCGGAGGACGUGUUCAGGUCGUCAGAGACCGCGUCUCCCGAGUACUACGGCAGUGACGGUAGCAAGUCCGGAGACGAGGACGAUAAACGCAAAUCAUUCAAGAGACCCCCCGGAAGGCCGAAAGGUAGUGGGAGGAAGAUCAGCAAACGUCCAAGGAGCGUAUCAGUGCCGGAGUUCCUGAGAAACCUCCUUUUGGACCCGCGGUACUGCCCGUCCAUCAUCAAAUGGGAAGACCAUGCACAAAAAAAGUUCAGAUUCAUGAAGCCGGACGAAGUAGCGAAACUAUGGGGCAAGAUGAAGCAGAACGACAACAUGACCUUCGAGAAGUUCAGCCGGGCGAUGAGGUACCACUAUCGUCAGUCAGUGCUGGUGUCGGUGCCCACCGCACGCCUGGUCUAUCAGUUCGGACCCAAAGGACCCGACAUCACAACCGCCAAUCCCUCCAUGGUCAAAGUCAAGUCAGAAACAGAUGUGAACGAGGUGAUCUUCUCCUAGUUUAAGUAAAACAGUAGGUUAGAAUUGUUGAAAACCUUCCAAACGAUGCUCAGGACAUUAUACUGUAUGUAAAAGGUUGUAAGGAACGAAAGGGUGAAACGAGAAUUCUUUAAAGCGUGCACUUUUAUGUUAACGGUUAUAGUAUAUUCUAUGCACACGAUGAUUUAAAUCUGAUACAAAAUUAUUUCCAUAUUUAGAAUAUUUAUUAUUUAGGUAAAUAUACAUAGAUUAAUCUAUACUUAUACUGCCGGGAGGCAAAGAAAUUUUCUUAAUGCAUUUUUAAAGAGUUCCCUUGAUCGAUCCUGAAGCUCUUAGAAGUUAUAUCUGUGAGGCGUUGGAACGUUAGAGGAGUGAUGUUGUACGACAGUAUUAUCUAAGAGUGAAAAGGUCGGUGUCAGUAAGAUCAGGGCUGUCCGGUGGUUAUAUUGAUUAGAUAGGUGUAUCCAGAAAUGUUAUGGUGUGACUAGUAAUGGUAAGCUCGGCAUAGUUCAUGGUUGUAUCGUGCAUGUUGGCAUAAUGUAUAGUUGUUGGAUGGUGAAUUAUCCCGUCAAUUAACGGUUGUUGAAGUGUCCAUAUUAUUUUUUUAAGUAAUUUUUAUGUAUUCAUGCGAUUUAGUCUCGAUGAGAUUUCGCGCGUCCGUAUCCCGUUUGCGACGCCAUUGAAGAUUUUUGAUAAAGUAUUUUUAAUGUUUCGAUCAUUGUUACCAUUUGCGAGAGUAAAUUAGACUAGUUGAACAAAUAUUUUGAACAUUCCGAUUUUAUUUAUAUAGAAUUAUUUGUAAGUUAUUUACUUAAUUAUUAGUAACUUUAGUGUAGUUAGCGAUGCCAUAAUACGUAUUACUUAUUUUGUUGAAUGUACUUAAAUCGGAAUCACCAUUAUUAUCAACUGUAUCAUUUACAUCUUCGAUUUUAUGAUGAAUUUAUAUGACAAACGUUUGUGAUUGCAGUUCUGUUAUUUAAAACAAACUAAUUCUCCCGUCUCAGUGUUAGGUAUUUAAAAAUAAAUAAUAUUAAGCUCAUCGGCGAGGAGGAAUACGAAUGAUAAACAUAAAAUGAC